AUGGCACUUAAAGACACUGGGAAGACGAAGACCCCCGUGGAACCAGAGGUGGUGAUUCACCGAAUUAGAAUUACUCUAACCACUCACAACGUAAAAUCUUUGGAAAAGGUGUGUGCUGACUUGAGCAGAGGUUCGAAGGAAAAGAAUCUCAAAGUGAAAGGACCAGUGAGGAUGCCUGCCAAGACUCUGAGAAUCACUAUGAAAAAGACUCCUUGUGGUGAAGGUUCUAGGACUUGGGAUCGUUUUCAGAUGAGGAUCCACAAGCAACUCAUUGAUCUGCACAAUCCUUCUGAGAUUCUUAAGCAGAUUACCUCCAUCAGAAUUGAGCCUGGAGUUGAGGUUGAAGUCACCAUUGCAGAUGGCUUAAAUCAACCUUUUUAA